CACUGCUUGGCCUGCCAUUAAAUCUCAUUGGACAUUAAUCUCAACAUCAUUCCUUCAUUUGCCACAUUCUUGCUUCUUGAUUCUUCAUGUUUUGUUUAUUUUGACCAUAUCAGAAAUGCUUAACAUAUAAACUUUAAUUUGCCUGCCAUGAACUUUCAAUGGCUUCUAGUAAUUUGGAUCUGUAUUGGCUCAAGCUAUGGCCAACAAUUCUAUGAUUCAACCCCUUGUUUUUCUAAUAUCACUUCUCCAGAUUCUUGAAAUUGGUAGAGAGGUAAUUGUUCCAAUUCAAUGUUCUUGUUUAGGUGAGUUCUUUCAAGCUAAUAUUAGCUACCACGCACCUACAAACACAAAAUUCGACGACGUUGCUUGUGGAGUUUUUGAAGGUUUAGUUAAAUCCAUUACACUUUUGGAGGAAAAUAAUUCCAAGAAAACCAAUAUUUCUGAUGUCAAUUAUGAUAUCAAAGCUAGUACAGAGUUGCUAGUGCCUUUGAAAUGUGCAUGUCCUGAUAAUUUUUUUGAUGUUGGAAUACAUUACUUUGUCACAUACCCUUUUAUUUCAGGAGAUGAUACAGGAAAAGUAAGUGAAAAAUUCAAUAUUUCUGUUGAAGAUAUAUGGGGUGCUAACCAUUUAAGUUUUAAUCCCACUGUAUUUUCAAACACAACAAUUUUAGUUCCCUUAAGAGGAAAACCAUCUAUAAAUUUCAGCAUUCUUGAUUCUGAUGCUCCUACUCCUGGUUUUCUACCAACACAAAUGGUAGAAAAAUCAUCCAAAAACCAGAAACUGAAGAAACUUUACAUUUCAGUGUCUGUUGUUGGUUUUUUUCUGUUUGCUGCAACUUUAGUUGCUUGUGGUUUAUAUAUAAGGGCCAUAAGGAAAUUCAAGGCAGAGAGAAAUCGUUCUUCGAUACAUAAAAGUUCUGUUACUUCAGGUUCAACACCAAGAAAUUCCCCUCCGAUGACUACUAGAAGUUCCACGAAUUCGUGCUUAUCACCUGAUUUACUUGCAGGAAUAAAGUACACUUUGGGGGAGUACAACAUAGAUGAAUUGAAAAGAGCGACGGAUCAUUUUAGUGAAGGAACUAAGAUAAGUGACAAUGUAUACAAGGGUUGUGUUGAUAAUGAUGAAGUAUUGAUCAAGAAAAUAAGAUUUGAGGACACAAAACAAGUAAUUGAUGUACACUCAAGAAUCAAUCAUGUCAAUAUUGUGAAACUUAAAGGUGUUUGUUAUGGUGAGGAUGAUAUUUCAGGAUCUUAUCUUGUGUUUGAAUAUCCAUCAAAUGGAACAUUAAGGGAUUGUUUGUCAAACUCCUUAGCUUCUCUUAGUUGGCAUAAAAGAACUCAAAUUGCCUUUGACAUUGCCACAGGGUUACAUUACUUACACUUUUGCACUAUUCCACCUUAUACACACAUGAACAUAAAUAGCAAAAAUAUUUUCUUGACUCCGAAUUGGAGGGCAAAGCUGGCUGUUUUUGGAGCAAAAGCUGUCAUUGGAACGACGAAGGAAAUUGGAAGUAUUGGAAGUCUCGGGGGCUGGAUUGCCCCCGAGCAUCUAGUACAUGGCUCGGUGUCUGAAAAAGUGGACAUUUUUGCAUUCGGGGUUGUAUUACUCGAGCUCAUAUCGGGUAAAGAAGAUGUUGAUGGGAAUUUUUUGAGGGAUUCAAUUACAUUUUUGAGAGGGGGAGAUAAUGAAGGAAGAUGCUUUGAACAAUUAAAAAAUUUCAUUGAUUCAAGCCUUAUGGAAGAUUACCCUUUAGCUGAAGCAUUAUGUUUAGCUGUUUUAGCUAAAGCUUGUAUUGAAGAUGAUCCUUUUCAUAGGCCAUCUAUGGAUGAUAUAAUUAAAGUUCUUGCUAGAAUGGUAUGAUUUUCUGCUGAGGGUUUAUCGGGAACAACCUCUCUACCUCCGUAAGGUAGAGGUAAAGUCUACGUACACGCUAUCCUCUCUAGACCCCACCUGCAGGAGGAGUGGUAUGAUUUUCAGAAACAUAUUCCAUUGAUUACCAUAAGCAUUAAUUGUUAAUUAUCAUCAAUUAGUUGUACUUGCCUCAGUCAAUUAUUAAUGUCUCUUUUGUAGCUACAAUUUUCACAUGAUCUAUGAAUUCUUGCUUUCAAUUUGUAUUCUUUUUAAUGAAUCCUAGCUACUUCCUUUCCAUCACUAAG